AUGAAUAUUCCUGAAUACAAUACGGAAUUUGUCAAUAGUAUUAUCUUAAAUCUUGCUAAUAAAGUUCAAGGAAACAAUGAAAAUUUAUUUUCAGCUUAUGAUUAUCUUUAUGAUAAUACAGAAAAUAAUAUGAAUCAUAAUAUGAGUUAUUCAAAGAGUUUACAACAUCUAUCAGUGAUGUUUCAACAAUUUCUGUCUAAAAUAUCCGAUAGUCAGACAAUAUAUAAUACAUCAAGUUCGAAUAUAUCGUCUUCAUCAUUCGAAACACUAUUUCCAUCGUCAUUAUCUAUUGUAUCAUCAUUACCUUCAUCAUUAAAUGACCCAAAUUCUUAUCGUCUUCUUUCAGUGAUAUCGCUUUGGUUUGUUCUUAUUGUAAAUCCAAUAUUGAUUUUACUUGGUGUCAUUGGUAACCUUCUUACGAUAUAUAUUUUAAUACAUUGUAAUAUUGUUAAAUUACCUGUAUCGUUUUAUACAAUCAUGCUUAAUAUAUCGGAUACACUUAAUUUAUUGAUACCCGUAUUUAUAUUUUGGCUUGAUAAUUGUUUCAAUCGAACACCUGAACGUGGUUAUUUUCGAGAUAAAUCAAAUUAUUUAUGUAAAGCAUUGAUGUGUCCUGAUCAAUUAUUUGCUGCCCUCAGUGCUUGGUAUAUGUGUGCUAUAUCAUUCAAUCGUUGGUAUUCAGUAUGUCGUCCAUCGUCCUUUUUUUUUCACAUGUCAUCUCGCAUAUCGAAAGCAUCAUCCGGACCUAUGAAAAAAAAUAUUAAUGAAAAAAAUCGUGAAAAGAAAAAACAUUCACCUGAAUCAUUUAUUUCAUUAUCAUCAGCAUCAUCAUCAUCAUCAUCAUUACCAUCACGAUUAUCAUUGAUCUGUUCUCCUCUUAACUAUUGUUAUUGUUUAACACGUAAUAUAAAAUAUCGUCAACAUUUACAAGCAUUUCGAAGUAUUGCUAUUAUUACAUUAUUAGGUAUAUUAUGUUGUCUUUAUCCAAUAUUUAUGCAUGAACUUCGAACAGUUAUGUCGACAAAUCGACAUGUUUUUGAUUUAAAACAAAAUUUCACUCGUACAUAUGCUGUUAUUUGGAAACGUUGUUAUUACAGUGAAAAACAUGAAUAUGCUUAUGAUAUUAUUGGUAUAAUAUUAUCUUGUUUUUUACAUGUAUUACCUUUAACAUUUGUUGCUGUUAUGAAUAUAAUGAUUAUUAUAGCAUUGAGGCAACGACAAAAUCUCAUGUUUAUAUCAACAAAUACAACACAAUCCUCAAUACAAAUUAAAAAGAAACGAUUACCAUUAUAUAAUUUACAAAAAAGUGUCUUGUAUAGAUAUAAUAGUUCAUUAGAUAUCCAAAAUGAAAACGCUCAAAAUACACCAGUUGACAUAGUAAAAUCUUCUUCUCAAUUAUCAUUAACAAGAACUCAUAAAGAUCAAGCAACAUUAACUGAUUUACCUAUACAUACAAUUAAAUCAAAAUCUUCACAAAUUCUUACAACAUCUAAAAGUAAUGCACAAAGAAGACAUCAUUCACGAGAUCGAACAAUUACAAUUAUGCUUGUUAGUGUUGCUUUGACUUAUUUAAUGUUAACUUUACCAUAUCGACUAUUUUGGUCAUAUAAUGUUUAUAUAAAACGUAUGUAUCCAGAAAAAUUAAAUUCUUUUACUUAUCUAUUAAAAAUGCAUUAUAUUGAUCAUCUACUUCGUACAAUACGUAAUAUGCAUUAUGGUACAAAUUUUGUUUUUUUUAUACUUCUUUCAAAAUCAUUUCGUCGAAAAUUUCAACAAUUAUUUAUUGAAAAUUUUUUACCUAUAUCAAAUCGAUUAUUCAAUAGAAAUAUGGAUAUAUAUAGUAAUACUAAUUACAACAAUACUGAAAUGAAUAAUCUACAACGAAUUCCUAGAAAAUUAAAAGAAAAAACUGAAAACAAUGAAAAACAAACAAUAAUCAAUAAAAAUAAUAUUAUGGGAAUGAAAUAUUCAACCAAUCAUAUUCUUCCGAAAUCUCUUGCUUUUAUUGAUGAGUCUUCAAAACGACACGGCCACUUACAUUCCAUGGUUAAAUUUGCUCUUGAUGACACACACAUUGCAUGA